AUGGCAAACGUCUCAGAAUGGAAGGAGGAGAGCAACAGCUCGCUUGACUCUGAUUUCAAGCUCUGCGCCACAUCCCGCAGCCCAGUUUCACGAGUCAGCCUCUAUGUCUUCAUCAUCUCCGGGAUCAUAUGCACCAUUGUCGGCAACCUUCUAGUUGUUCUGGCCAUUGCUUACUUCAAACAGCUCCAGUCUCCAACAAACUCUUUUGUCAUGUCUCUGGCUGUGGCUGACUUUCUGGUGGGGCUGGUAGUUAUGCCCUACAGUAUGGUAAGGACAGUGGAGGGAUGCUGGUGGUUUGGUCCUACCUUCUGCCACCUUCACUCCAGCCUGGACGUGAUGCUAUGCACGGCCUCCAUCUUUCAUUUGAGCUGCAUCGCGUUCGACCGCUACUACGCCGUCUGCAACCCGCUGGUGUACACGUUUAAGAUGUCCCGCAAAUGCGUGGCUCUGCUUAUCGUGGUGUGCUGGGCCGUUCCUUUCCUCAUCUCCUUUGGUCCUAUUCUGCUGGGGCUGCACAAGCUAGGCGUUGAGGUUCCUUUGCCUGAGAACGUGUGUGUUUUUUUGGUAAACCGCAUUUACGCAGUCAUGGCAUCGAUGGUAGCAUUCUACCUGCCCAUGGUAACCAUGUUAGUGGCCUACUGGAAGAUUUAUAAAGCGGCGAAGCGCCAAGCCAUGCAGAUAAAUGCCAUGGAGGCUCAGAUGGCAGCAGGUGUGGGCAAAGAUUCCAGUAAGAAGCUGAAGCAUCGAAACUCCAUAAGAAGAGAAAGAAAAGCAGCUAAAACUCUGGGCAUCAUCAUGGGUGUAUUUCUUCUCUUCUGGCUGCCCUUCUUUACGGUCAAUAUCAUUGACCCUUUCAUUGAGUAUGGGACCGCUGGUGUGGUAUGGGACGUGUUCCUGUGGUUGGGGUAUGUCAACUCCUCCCUGAACCCUUUUCUGUAUGGUUUCUUCAACCGCUCUUUCCGAAGAGCUUUUCUCAUGAUCAUGGGAUGCAGGAUAUGUCUGCACGGCUCGGCCCAAGGAAUGGAUCUCUCUCACUCGAAAAGAGAUGUUAAUGAGCGGACAGAGAACCAGUAG